AUGAAGCAGAUUCAGAAGGAUCACUUCGAGAUAAUCAUGACGGGCGGCGCUGCUUCAGUGGACAUGGCAGUGUUCUGCUUUGAUGUGAUAGCAGCCGCCGUCAAUAAUCAUUCUGAUCCGCCAGUGCCGCCCAGCAUUCCUAAUGAUAAAUUCCCUCUUUUCGUAACCUGGAAGAAAGGCAGCCAUCGGCGACUUCGCGGCUGCAUAGGAACAUUUUCACAAUUACACUUACACACGGGUCUCAGAGACUAUGCUAUUACUAGUGCAUUUCAUGAUUCGCGUUUUGAUCCGGUGCGAAAGGAGGAAAUCCCUCAUCUAUACUGUGGUGUUUCUUUACUAAUCAAGUUCGAAUCUGCUCAUGACUACAUGGAUUGGACAAUUGGUAUUCACGGAAUCCGCAUUCAUUUUAUGGACGGUAGCGUACGCAGAGAUGCUGUGUAUCUGCCGGAAGUCGCUUAUGAACAAGGCUGGGACCAUUUGGAAACAAUCAAUAAUCUCAUUGAAAAAGGCGGCUACAGAGGACGCAUUGAUGAAGGCUUUCGACUGUCCCUCCAAGUAACUCGUUUCCAGUCCAGUAAAGUGAUGAUCUCCUAUGACGACUACAUGCGGUAUAAACGCGCUCUAAAAUAAUGAGUGAUCUCGCCUUAUCACUGAACUGCCUCAGAGAACACUGACCGAAAUAACCAUUCUUUGUUGUAUCUAUUGUAUAUGUUGUAUAAAUGGGAGGUGGCAUAGUUUUUAUAAGUCAUAUUUUUCAUUGUUUUCAAUGUCAAUCCUCGAAGCAAUGUCACGGCAUAUGCUGUCUUGCUUUGUUUUCUUCUUUAAAAUAAAAUCAGCGGACU